AUGGCCACUCAAACAGGGUCUAAUGGCGCGGAUCACGCCAACGGCAACGUCUCGUACGCCGAGAAGCACAACCUUGCGGACCACUUCAUUGGAGGCAACCGCUUGGAAAACGCCCCAGCAAGUAAAGUCAAGGACUUUGUUGCCCAGAAUGACGGCCACACAGUCAUCACCAACGUCCUGAUUGCAAACAACGGUAUCGCGGCCGUCAAAGAAAUUCGAUCGGUACGAAAAUGGGCAUACGAGACGUUUGGCGACGAGAGGGCUAUUCACUUCACCGUGAUGGCGACCCCUGAUGAUCUCCAAGCCAACGCCGACUACAUCCGCAUGGCAGACCACUACGUCGAGGUCCCCGGUGGCACCAACAACCACAACUACGCCAAUGUCGAACUGAUUGUCGACAUUGCGGAGCGCAUGGACGUCCACGCAGUGUGGGCAGGAUGGGGACACGCUUCGGAAAACCCGAAACUGCCAGAGUCGCUUGCUGCCUCGCCCAAGAAGAUUGUGUUUAUUGGACCCCCAGGUUCUGCAAUGCGCUCCUUGGGUGACAAGAUUUCUUCCACAAUUGUCGCUCAGCACGCCGCCGUUCCCUGCAUCCCGUGGUCUGGCACCGGCGUUGACGAGGUCGAAGUCGACGACAACGACAUUGUGACCGUGCCGGACGAGGUCUACGCCAAGGGAUGUGUCGAGUCCUGGCAAGAGGGUCUCGAGAAGGCCAGGCAGAUCGGCUUCCCUGUCAUGAUCAAAGCCUCCGAGGGCGGUGGUGGCAAGGGCAUCCGCAAAGCUGUCGACGAGGAAGACUUUGAGGCUCUUUACAAGGCUGCUGCAAGCGAAAUCCCCGGCUCCCCCAUUUUCAUUAUGAAAUUGGCUGGAAAUGCCCGUCAUUUGGAGGUGCAGCUCCUUGCCGAUCAAUACGGCCACAACAUUUCUCUCUUCGGCCGCGAUUGCUCCGUUCAGCGUCGUCAUCAAAAAAUUAUCGAGGAGGCACCUGUCACAAUCGCCAAGCCCGACACAUUCAAGCUCAUGGAGCAGGCGGCCGUGCGCUUGGGAAAGCUUGUCGGUUACGUAUCUGCUGGCACAGUGGAGUAUUUGUACUCGCAUGCCGACGACAAGUUUUACUUCCUCGAGCUCAACCCUCGUCUGCAAGUCGAGCAUCCCACGACUGAGAUGGUCAGUGGUGUCAACCUGCCUGCAGCGCAGCUCCAGAUUGCCAUGGGUCUGCCGCUCCAUCGCAUUCGCGAUAUCAGGCUACUCUACGGUGUUGAUCCCAAGACCUCGAGCGAGAUCGAUUUCGAGUUCAGCACUGCCGGCACUUCUCAGACGCAGCGCCGCCCCACCCCCAAGGGCCAUACCACAGCCUGCCGUAUCACAUCAGAAGAUCCCGGAGAAGGAUUCAAGCCAUCCAACGGUGUGAUGCACGAGCUCAACUUCAGGAGUAGUUCCAACGUCUGGGGCUACUUCUCGGUUGGUAACCAGGGAGGUAUUCACAGUUACUCCGACUCGCAGUUUGGUCACAUUUUCGCUUAUGGCGAGAACCGUGCCGCAUCUCGGAAGCACAUGGUCAUUGCUCUCAAGGAGUUGAGCAUCCGCGGUGACUUCAAGACCACGGUGGAGUACUUGAUCAAGCUGCUCGAAACCGAAGAUUUCGAGGAGAACACCAUCUCCACCGGUUGGUUGGAUGAGCUGAUUUCCAAGCGUCUGACUGCCGAGCGCCCGGACACUAUGCUUGCCGUGGUAUGUGGUGCUAUUACCAAGGGCCAUAUUGCGAGCGAGGAAUGCUUCGCAACCUACCGCGCUGGUCUGGAGAAGGGUCAGGUACCUCCUAGCCAUAUUUUGAAGACGGUGUUCACCAUCGACUUCAUUUACGAUGGAUUCCGGUACAAGUUCACUGUCACUCGUUCGAGCGCUGACAGUUACCACUUGUUCAUCAACGGCUCCAAGUGCUCCGUCGGCGUCCGCGCUCUCCGCGACGGUGGUUUGCUGAUCUUGUUGGACGGCCAUUCCCACAACGUGUACUGGAAGGAGGAAGUCGGUGCCACCCGUCUGUCCGUCGACUCCAAGACUUGCCUACUGGAGCAGGAGAACGACCCUACCCAGCUUCGUACCCCUAGCCCCGGUAAGCUCGUGAAGUAUUCAGUGGAAAAUGGUGCCCACGUCCGUGCCGGCCAGACUUUCGCGGAAGUUGAGGUCAUGAAGAUGCACAUGCCUCUCAUCACGCAGGAGGAUGGUGUUGUUCAGCUCAUCAAGCAGCCUGGAGCAUCUCUCGAGGCUGGUGACAUCCUUGGUAUUCUUGCCUUGGAUGAUCCAUCUCGCAUCAAGCAGGCCCAACCCUUCGUGGGCAAGUUACCUGCCUAUGGCGACCCAGUUGUUGUUGGUACAAAGCCCGCACAGCGUUUCUCUGUUCUCUAUAACACCAUGCUGCACAUCCUGCAAGGUUACGACAACUCAGUCAUCAUGGCUGCCACGCUCAAGGAGUUGGUUGAGGUCAUGCGCAACCCCGAACUUCCCUACAGCGAGUGGAAUGCCCAGUUCUCUGCGCUGCAUUCUCGCAUGCCCCAGAAGCUUGAUGCUCAGUUCACUCAGGUGGUAGAGCGAGCCAAGUCGAGACAGUCCGAGUUCCCCGCCAAAGCUUUGUCGCGGACUUUCUCCAAAUUCUUGGAGGACCAUGUCGCCGCUGCCGAUGUCCCUGCUCUCAAGACCAUUCUCCAGCCGCUGACCGAUGUCCUCAAUGAGUACGCUGAGGGACCCAAAGUUCGCGAGCUCAACACCAUCAAGUCGAUUCUCGAUGCCUACUGGGAGGUUGAACAGCUAUUCAUGAACCAGCCUCAGGAGGAGACCGUCGUUCUCAAGCUCCGUGAUCAGCACAAGGACGACAUCCCCAAGGUCGUCCAGACUGUCCUUUCGCACAGCCGUGUCAGCUCCAAGAGCUCCCUGAUUCUUGCCAUUCUUGACGAAUACAGGCCUAAUAAGCCCAACGUCGGCAACGUGGCCAAGUACCUGCGCGAGUCUCUGCGCCACCUGACCGAGCUGCAGCAGUCUAGAUCGACGUCCAAGGUCUCCCUCAAGGCCCGUGAGAUCAUGAUCCAAAGCUCUCUUCCGUCCCUCGAGGAACGCUCUUCUCAGAUGGAACAUAUUCUGCGAUCUUCAGUUGUGGAAUCUCGUUACGGCGAGUCAGGCUGGGAUCACCGUGAGCCCAGUCUCGACAUUAUCAAGGAGGUGGUCGAUUCCAAGUACACGGUUUUCGAUGUCCUCACACUUUUCUUCGCCUACGAAGACCCCUGGGUUGGCUUGGCUGCUCUCGAGGUGUACAUUCGCCGUGCCUAUCGCGCGUAUGUCCUUAAGAAGAUCGAGUACCACACCCAUGAUGCCGACUCGCCUCACUUCCUGUCCUGGGAUUUCAACCUGCGCAAGGUGGGUCACUCAGAGUUCGGCCUUCCUCUACAGUCGCCGGCCGCUUCAGCUCCCCAGACCCCGGGCGAAUUGAGCGAGGUUGACGGUGCUCUCGGCAGCCGCAUCCGCUCUGUGAGUGACAUGUCCUAUGUGUCUGCCAGGAUGGACGAGGAGCCGAACCGCAGGGGUGUCAUUGUCCCCUGCAAGUACAUUGACGACGCUGAUGAGCUACUUUCCAAAGCUCUCGAUGGUCUCCUCCCUCCUGGAGAGCGAAAGAGUGAUGACGAAUCUGGUCCCACACUCAGGAGCGAUCUUAGCCGCCAGCGCAACCCUACCGCGAGCGCACGCCCUAGGCGUCAGCACACAGGCGAGUUGUCUGCUGUCAUCAACAUUGCUGUUCGCGAUGCCGAGAGUGACAACGACGAUGAACUCCUCGACCGGCUGAACACAAUUGUCGAGCAGUUCAAGGAAGAUCUGCUCGCGCGUGGCGUGCGCCGCCUGACAUUCAUCUGCGGUCACCGUGAUGGCUCGUACCCUCGCUACUUCACCUUCCGUGGUCCCGAAUACCACGAGGAUGCCAGUAUCCGUCACAGUGAGCCUGCCACUGCUUUCCAGCUUGAGCUCGCUCGCCUCUCCAAGUUCCAUAUCAAGCCUGUCUUCACCGAGAACAAGAACAUUCACGUGUAUGAGGCUCUUGGCAAGAACGUCGAUACUGACAAGCGCUACUUCACCCGUGCCGUCAUCAGGCCGGGCCGUCUUCGUGAUGAGAUUCCUACCGCGGACUACCUCAUCUCUGAGGCAGACCGUGUCAUCAACGAUAUUUUUGACGCUCUUGAGAUUACCGGCAACAACAACUCCGAUCUCAACCACAUCUUCAUGAACUUCACACCCGUCUUCCAGUUGCAUCCUCGCGAGGUCGAGCAAAGUCUGCAGGGCUUCCUGGACCGCUUCGGUGUCCGUGCCUGGAGGCUGCGUGUGUCCCAAGUUGAGAUCCGCAUUAUUUGCACCGAUCCGAAGACGGGUCUCCCGUAUCCCCUCCGUGUUAUCAUCACCAACACCUCAGGCUUCAUUGUCGAUGUCGACAUGUACGCUGAGCGCAAGUCGGAGAAGGGAGAAUGGGUCUUCCACAGCGUCGGUGGCACCAACGAGAAGGGUCCUAUGCAUCUCAUGUCCGUCUCCACGCCUUAUGCGACCAAGAACUGGCUCCAGCCCAAGCGUUACAAGGCCCACCUCAUGGGCACCCAGUACGUCUACGAUUUCCCUGAGCUUUUCCGCCAGGCUAUCCAGAACUCGUGGGUCGCUGCUGUGAAGAAGCAGCCAGCUCUCUCGGGCCAACAGCCGAAGACUGGCGAUUGCCUACACUUCACCGAACUUGUGCUUGACGACACCGACAGCCUCGAGGAGGUCAACCGCGAGCCUGGUACUAACACCUGCGGCAUGGUUGGAUGGGUCUUCCGUGCGCGCACACCCGAAUACCCCCAGGGUCGCCGCUUCAUUGUUGUCGCCAACGAUAUCACCUACAAGAUCGGUUCGUUCGGCCCCAAGGAGGAUAACUUCUUCCACAAGUGCACCGAGCUGGCUCGCAAGUUGGGCAUCCCGCGUAUCUACCUCUCUGCCAACUCUGGCGCUCGCCUUGGCCUCGCAGAGGAGCUUAUGCCCCACUUCCGCGUCGCCUGGAACGAUGUGAACAAGCCCGAUGCCGGCUUCAGGUACUUGUACCUCGAUGACGAGACUCUGGAGCGCUUCAAGGACUCUGUCCAAGUCGAGACCAUCUCUGAGGGCGGCCAGAAGAGGCACGUGAUCACGACCGUGGUGGGCAAGGAGGACGGCCUCGGUGUCGAGUGCCUCCGCGGUUCAGGACUGAUUGCUGGUGCUACAAGCCGCGCCUACAACGACAUUUUCACAGUGACGUUGGUGACCUGCCGUUCCGUCGGUAUUGGGGCUUACCUUGUCCGUCUUGGCCAGCGUGUCGUGCAAAUCGAAGGUCAGCCGAUCAUCUUGACUGGUGCGCCGGCACUGAACAACCUUCUUGGUCGGGAGGUGUACACUUCCAACUUGCAGCUUGGUGGCACCCAGAUCAUGUACCGUAACGGUGUGUCGCACAUGACUGCCAACGACGACUUUGCCGGUGUCUCGCGCAUUGUCGAAUGGUUGUCCUUUGUGCCUGAGAAGCGCAAUAGUCCUGUUGCUCUCAGCCCCAUGAUCGACACCUGGGAUCGUGACAUUGAAUACUUCCCUCCGGCUGAAAAGCAGCCCUACGACGUACGCUGGAUGAUUGGUGGCAAGACAGAGGACGACGGUACCUUCCUGGGUGGCCUGUUCGACAAGGACUCUUUCGUGGAGGCACUUGGCGGCUGGGCGCAGACGGUUGUCGUUGGCCGCGCUCGUCUUGGCGGCAUCCCCAUGGGUGUGAUUGCCGUCGAGACUCGCUCUGUCGAGAACAUUACGCCCGCCGACCCUGCCAACCCCGACUCGAUGGAGCAAAUUGGCAACGAGGCUGGCGGUGUCUGGUACCCCAACUCUGCCUUCAAGACCGCGCAGGCCAUCAACGACUUCAACUAUGGUGAGCAGCUGCCCCUGAUGAUCAUGGCCAACUGGCGUGGUUUCUCGGGUGGCCAGCGCGACAUGUUCAACGAGGUGCUCAAGUACGGUUCGUUCAUCGUCGACGCUCUCACCAAGUUUGAGCAGCCCAUCUUCAUCUACAUUCCUCCCUUUGGCGAGCUGCGUGGUGGAUCCUGGGUCGUUGUCGACCCCACAAUUGCUCCCGACACGAUGGAGAUGUACGCCGACAAGGAAGCUCGCGGCGGUGUCCUCGAGCCAGAGGGUAUCAUUGGCAUCAAGUACCGCAAGGACAAGCAGUUGGCGACCAUGGCCCGCUUGGACGAUACGUACGCCGACCUCAAGAAGCAGUUGGAUGACAAGAGCCUGUCCAAGGAAGCCAUGGACGAGGUGAAGGCCAAUAUGACUGCCCGCGAGAAGCAGCUCUUGCCCGUGUAUUCUCAGAUUGCUGCUCAAUAUGCCGACUUGCACGAUCGUUCUGGUCGCAUGAAGGCCAAGGGUGUCAUUCGCGACGAGCUUUCGUGGACCGAGGCGCGCCGUUUCUUCUACUGGCGCCUCCGCCGCAGACUCAAUGAGGAAUACAUCCUCAAGCGCAUGGCUUCGUCUGCCCUGGCCACGACGCACCCGAGCACGGCCAAUAUCAGCGAGGCGCGUGCGCAUAACCAGCACCUGCUCAAGAGCUGGUCUGGCAUUGUGGACUGGGACAAGAACGACCGUGAGGUGACCGAGUGGUACGAGGAGGAGAGGAAGAGCAUCGGCGAGAAGGUUGACGCGCUCAAGUCGGACAAGCUCUCGGGCGAGGUCGCCGGCCUUGUGCGCAACAACAUGAAGUCUGGUUUCAAGGGUGUCCGCGAAGUCCUCCGCAUGAUGCCUGUCGAGGAACGGGAGCAGUUGCUCAAGUACCUGAAGGAAUAA